GCAUUGACGAGCGGCAGGAUGCGCACUUGAUCAGCUGGCGAGUGCACGUCAGCUCCCGGAGGAAGCGGCUAGGCGAGACGGACCCUCUCCUCCAUCCUUUCCGGACCUCCGCAACCAGGAUACUCCUCCAUCAGCACACGCGUCUUUUGUGGGGACUAACCCUGAAGAUUUUAGCGUUGCAGAUUCUACGAUCUCCACGCGUGUAUUCGCUUGCCGUCCAGGACCUUCGCGAUUGGAGCUCCGUGGGUGAACUUGUCCGCUUGCGAGGACGCCGCUGCCUCCGUCGUGCACGUACUCUAAGUUUGGAAGUUGACUUUGACGCAAGCCUCACCCAUAGGCCAGGUGGACCAAAUGGAGUGAGAAGGUGGGGCCGAGCGGGGACUAUUAGGAGGAGCCCGGGUAACAAAAUUGCUGUAAGUGAAGGUAUGCGGGCAGCAUGGAACGGGUGAGGGAGCAGCGGCCUUUCUGCUCGCUCUCCAAGAGCCAGCGAGAGCAUCGCGAGCGAGGCGGAGAAAUCGAACGUGAGUGCCGUUACGCCUCGGAACGUGAGGACGCUGCCCGAGACGUCACUGCGCCAUCCUGCCGCGUACCCACCCAAAAGUCGUACAGCUCCAGCGAGACGCUCCAGGCCUUUGAGCAUGACCCGGCACGCAUGCUCUUCGGGGGCCGGGUCAAGGAGACGGCGCGACAGGAGAGCGCCGAGUACAGCAGGCCAGGGCAGACGUUCUCUCUGAGGCAGCUUGGCAUUUGCGAGCCUCGCCGAGGCAUGGCGCUGUGCCCUGAGACGGGCCUGUCGCACCCCCUCGGGACCUACGCCCGGAGGCCCGCCGUCACCUCGGAGCUACGUGAACCCCAGUCCCCGGAACGCACCAUUACCCUUUGGGGCAAGGUGGGCCCCAACUCCUGCCUCUCCAGUCGUUCCAACUCUGAUCUCACACUGACCGACACAGAAAUGGACAACAAGUCUGACAUCGAGAUGGGCGACCAUCUGUCCAGUCCUCAGGGUCCACCCCCACUACCGCCGGCACCCCCACCGCCACCCCACAAGCAGCACCCCUCCAUCACAUCCCUGAGUCGCAGCUCGCUGGCCAACCACAGGGCCGCGAGCCCGCCGCCCGCUGCCGGCCUGGCGGCCGAUUUGCAGAGCACGGCGGAAUGCGUCCAGCUGCAGGACAGCUGGGUGCUGGGCAGCAAUGUGGCCCUGGAGAGCCGGCAUUUCCUGUUUAAGACGGGAACGGGGAGCACCCCUUUCUUCGGCGCUGCAGCCCCCGGCUACACCAUGGCGACGGGCACAGUGUACUCCACUCCGGCGCGCCCGCUUCCCCGCAGCAGCCUCUCUCGUGGCGCCUUCAAGUUCAAGAAGUCGCCCAAGCACUGCUCCUGGAAGUGCACCGCUCUGAUUGCAGUUACCGUGGCUGUGCUGCUGUCAGUCAUCCUCUGCUACUGCAUAGGCAUGCACCUUUUUGGCCUCAAUUGGCAGCUGCAGGAGUUGGACAGCCAGCCAGCAUUUGAAAAUGGCGGCGUCGGAAAGGCCGGCCCCACACUGUCUAGCGCCGUCACGUCCCUUGCCGCAGACGGAAGGACAAGCGUUCUCCACCAGGAGAACAACUCUGUGGACACGGGACCUGUGGAUGUAGGAAAGAGUGUGGGCCAAAGCGUUCCGCCAGGAGUGUUCUGGCGUUCCCAGCUCAGCGUGGAUAAGCCACACUUUCUCAAAUUCAACAUUUCUGUGCAGAAGAACGCCCUGAUAGGUGUAUAUGGGCGCAAGGGUCUUGCACCGUCUCACACGCAGUACGACUUUGUAGAGCUUCUGGAUGGCAGCCGUCUUAUCGCCAAUGAACACCGUACCCCGAGCGAGCCAGAGAGGGGAGCCCGCCUGGAGCAUCAGGUGGUGGUACACCAGGCAGGAUUUAUCCAGUACUUGGACACUGGGGUGUGGCACCUGGCAUUCUACAAUGACGGACGCAGCAUAGAGACAGUGUCCUACAACACCAUCAUCCAGGAGUCUGUCACAGAAUGCGCACACAACUGCUACGGGAACGGCGAGUGCAUGGCGGGCUCCUGUCAUUGCUUCCCUGGAUUCAUCGGGCCGUACUGUUCCAGGGCUGCCUGCCCUGUCUUGUGCAGUGGUAAUGGCCAGUACACCAGGGGGCGCUGUCAGUGCUACAGCGGCUGGAAGGGCACCGAGUGUGAUGUGGCCUCGGGUCAAUGCGUGGACCCUCAGUGCAGGGGCCACGGGGUGUGCGUGGCAGGAAACUGUGUGUGUAACACUGGGUGGAGAGGAACCAAUUGCGAACAAGUGGACUGUGUGGACCCAAAGUGCUCUGGACAUGGCACUUGUCAUCACGGAGAGUGCCACUGCAACCCGGGCUGGGGUGGAAUCAGCUGCGAGAUCCUGAAGAGCACUUGUCCUGAGCAGUGCUCCAGUCACGGCACCUUCAACACUGAAUCUGGGACAUGCGUCUGCGAGGACAACUGGACUGGGGCUGACUGUUCCAUAGAGGUGUGUGUGGUCGACUGUGGCCCUCAUGGCUCAUGCCUGGGUGGUAUGUGUCACUGUGAGGAGGGCUGGGCAGGCACAGAGUGCGAGCAGAGGGACUGUCACCCACGCUGCAUCGAUCACGGGGUGUGUCGCGAGGGCAAAUGUGACUGCCACCAGGGCUGGACAGGCGAGCACUGCACCAUCGCCCUGGAUUCCAGAGUGUCAGGAGCAGUCAAGAUAGGAUAUAAAGACGGCUGCCCGGGCCUGUGCAACAACAACGGGCGCUGCGUACUCGAUCAGAACGUCUGGCACUGCAUUUGCCAGUCGGGAUGGCGCGGCCUGGGAUGCGAUGUUGCUACUGAGACACUCUGCUCAGACGGCAAGGACAAUGAGGGAGAUGGCCUGGUGGACUGUAUGGACCCAGACUGCUGUGCUCAAAUCUCCUGCCAGGGUCAGAUGUAUUGCAAAGGCUCGCUGGACCCGGCUGCCACCACAGCCACGCAGGGCCAGAACUCGGCCAGCCAGCCCACCUCCAGGAGCUUCUAUGAGCGUGUUUCAUUCCUGAUUGGGCCCAGCGGGAGUCACGUGGUAAUAGGGGGGAACCCCUUUAACAGCAGUCUGGUGUCAGUCAUCCGUGGUCAAGUCCUCACCGGAGACGGAACGCCGCUAAUCGGAGUCAAUGUGUCAUUCCCGCACUACCCCGACUACGGCUACACAGUCACCAGACAGGACGGGAUGUUUGACCUGCUGGCCAACGGCGGUGCUUCACUGACCCUGACAUAUGAACGAGCACCAUUCCCGGCUGUACGCCGCACCGUGUGGAUCCCUUGGAACGUCUUCCACGUGAUGGACACGGUAGUGAUGCGGCGCGAGGAAAACAACGACAUCCCUGGCUGCUACCUGACAGGUCUGAGCCGGCCCGAGCCGCUGGUCUUGGCCACGCCACUUUCCACCUUAUACAAGACAUCACCUGAGGACAGCCCUGUAAUCCCCGAGACACAGGUCCUCCACGAGCAAGUGGGCAUCCCAGGAAGCGACCUUAACCUGGUCUACUUGAGCUCGCGGGCGUCCGGCUACAAGCCCAUCCUUAAAGUUUUGCUGACCCAAGACCGGCUGCCCUUCGGCCUGAUGAAGGUGCACCUGAUGGUGGCCGUGAUGGGCCGCCAACUGCAGAAGUCCUUCCCGGCCUUCCCCGACUUGUCCUACACCUUCAUCUGGGAUAAGACGGACGCCUACAGUCAGAAGGUCUACGGUCUGGCGGAGGCUGUUGUAUCGGUAGGCUAUGAGUACGAGUCGUGUCUGGACGUGGUGCACUGGGAAAAGCGAACGGCGGUGCUGCAGGGCUACGAGGUGGAUGCUGCCAACAUGGGAGGCUGGAUGCUGGACAAGCACCACGUCCUGGAUGUGCAAAAUGGCAUUCUGUACAAAGGAAGCGGUGAAAACCAGUUCAUUUCGCUGCAGCCGCCCAUCAUCACCACCAUCAUGGGCAAUGGACGCCGCCGGAGCAUCUCGUGCCCGAGCUGCAACGGCCAGGCACUCGGGAACAAGCUGCUAGCACCCGUGGCCUUGGCAUGGGGCAUUGACGGCAGCCUCUACGUGGGCGACUUCAACUACAUUCGACGCAUCUACCCAUCAGGAAAUGUCACCAGCAUCAUGGAGCUUCGAAAUAAAGACUUUAGACACAGCAACAACCCAGCACACCGCUACUAUCUGGCCACCGACCCGGUCACAGGACAACUAUACGUGUCGGACACCAACUCAAGGCGGAUCUACCGGCCAAAAAGUCUUUCUGGAACAAAGGAUCUGCAGGCCAAUGCUGAGGUUGUAGCCGGGACCGGAGAACACUGCUUGCCCUUCGAUGAGAACCACUGCGGGGACGGCGGCAAAGCUCCGGAGGCCUCGCUCACUGGACCCAAAGGCAUCACCGUUGACAAGAACGGCGUGAUUUACUUUGUGGACGGCACCACCAUCCGCAAGGUGGACCAGAACAGCAUCAUUUCUACCUUCCUGGGAUCCAACGACUUGACGUCGGCGCGGCCACUGACCUGCGACAAUAGCAUGGACAUCAGUCAGGUUAUUCUGGAGUGGCCCACAGACCUGGCGGUGAGCCCGAUGGACAACUCGCUCUACGUGCUGGACAACAACAUCGUGCUGCGCAUCACUGACAAUGGCCAAGUUAACAUUGCAGCGGGGCGCCCUGUCCACUGUCCACUCUCAGUACCAGAGCGCAGCAUUUCGACCGGCGGCCAACAGGCACAGUUCACCCCCCUAGAGUCGGCCGCGUCCAUUGCCAUCUCCUACCACGGCGCCAUCUAUAUCGCAGAGACGGAUGAAAGAAAGCUGAGCCGCAUCCGCAAGGUUUCAGUGGACGGUGAGAUCACGCACUUGGCCGGGGUGCCUUCAGACUGCGACUGCAAGAACGACGCCAACUGCGACUGCUACCAGGCCGGCGAUGGCUACGCCAAAGAUGCCAGGCUCAACGCGCCGUCCUCCCUGGUGGCCGCGCCAGAUGGAACACUCUAUGUGGCCGACCUGGGCAACAUCCGAAUCCGGGCCGUGUCUCGUAAUGGGCCUGCGCCGGUGUCCAACGGCUAUGAGGUGGCAUCGCCAGACGCCCAAGAGCUUUACAUGUUCGACGGUAAUGGUACACACCAGCACACGGCCAGCUUGCUCACCGGAGACUUCAAGUACACCUUCAGCUACAGCACAGAGAAUGACAUCACAGCGGUGACGGACAGUAAUGGAAACACGCUGAGGAUACGUCGAGACUCCAGUCGUACCCCGGUGCGCAUCGUGGCACCGGACAACCAGGUGAUCUGGCUUACAAUGGGCACGAAUGGCGGCCUCAGGACUCUCACUGCGCAGGGACAGGAGCUGGUGCUGCUCACUUACCAUGGCAACAAUGGGCUUCUGGCCACCAAGACCUCCGAGAUCGGAUGGACCACCUUCUACGACUAUGACAGUGAGGGUCGUCUCAUGAACGUCACCUUCCCCACCGGCAUGGUGAACAACCUUUACACCGACAUGUACAGCGCACUUACCGUGGACAUCGAGAGCUCCCUCAGCGAUGAGGAGAUCAGCAUCACCACCAACACCUCCAGCAUCCACGCCUACUACACCCUCUCCCAGGACCAGUGCAAAAGCAGCUACCAGGUGGGCUUCGACAACUCACUGCGGGUCACGUACGCCAAUGGGAUGGACACACACUACCAGACCGAGCCUCAUAUUCUGGCGGGAGCCGCCAACCCAACGGUGGCCAGGCGCAACAUGAGCUUGCCAGGCGAGAGCGGGCAGAACCUGGUGGAGUGGCGCUACCGCAAAGAGCAAGCCAGAGGCAAAGUCAUCGUGUUCGGACGCAAGCUAAGGGUGAACGGACGCAAUAUCCUCUCCGUUGACUACGACCGCACCCUAAGGACAGAGAAGAUUUACGACGACCACAGAAAGUUUCUGCUAAAGAUCAUAUAUGACACGGCUGGGCACCCCGUGCUGUGGGUGCCCAGCAGUAAACUGCUGCCAGUCAACGUGAGCCGUACCAGCAGUGGGCAGAUUAGCACUCUGCAGAGAGGUCCGACAACAGAGAAGCUAGGCUACGACACCCAGGGACGCUUGGUGUCUCGGGUGUUUGCUGAUGGGAAGAUAUGGAGCUACACUUACCUAGAGCAGUCCAUGGUUCUUCUACUCCACAGUCAGCGUCAAUACAUCUUCGACUUCGACUCACUGGACCGCCUAUCGGGCAUCACCAUGCCAAGCGUGGCCCGCUACUCCAUGCAGACAGUGCGCUCGGUGGGCUACUACCGCAACCUCUACCACCCUCCAGAGAGCAACGCCUCGGUGGCUGUGGACUACAGCGAGGACGGCCUCCUGCUAAGGGUGUCUCACUUUGGCACCGGCCGACGUGUGCUGUACCGCUACCGGCGUCAGAACAAGCUGUCGGAAAUCCUUUAUGACAGCACGCGGGUCAGCUUCACCUAUGACGAGACUGCGGGCGUCCUGAAGACAGUCAACCUGCAGAGCGAUGGCUUCAUAUGCUCCAUCCGUUACCGGCAAGUGGGACCCUUAGUAGACCGGCAGAUCUUCCGCUUCAGUGAGGAUGGCAUGGUCAAUGCUCGCUUUGACUACACCUACGACAACAGCCUGCGUGUCACCAGCGUACAGGGAGUUAUCAACGAGACUCCUCUGCCCAUCGACCUCUACCAGUUCGACGACAUAUCCGGCAAGGUGGAGCAGUUUGGCAAGUUCGGUGUCAUUUACUACGACAUCAACCAGAUUAUCUCCACGGCAGUGAUGACCUACACCAAGCACUUCGACGCCCACGGGCGCAUCAAGGAGAUCCAGUAUGAGAUUUUCCGCUCUCUCAUGUAUUGGAUCACAUUCCAGUACGACGACGCGGGCCGUGUCACCCGGCGUGAGAUCAAGAUCGGACCGUUCGCUAACACCACCAAGUAUGGCUACGAGUACGAUGUGGACGGCCAGCUGCAGACUGUCUACCUGAAUGAGAAGGUUACCUGGCGCUACACGUAUGAUCUCAAUGGGAACCUGCACCUUCUCAAUGCUGGGAACAGCGCAAGACUCCUCCCUUUACGCUAUGACCUCAGGGACCGCAUCACCCGUCUUGGAGACAUCCAGUACCGCAUGGAUGAAGACGGUUUCCUCCGCCAGAGGGGUGCCGAAAUCUUCGAGUACAACUCUAAAGGACUCCUGGUCCGGGUGUACAGCAAAAGCAGCGGGUGGACUAUUCAGUACCGCUACGACGGGCUCAGUCGAAGGGUGUCCUCCAAGACCAGCCUGGGCCAGCAUUUGCAGUACUUUUAUGCCGAUUUAAGCUACCCGGCCCGGAUUACCCACGUGUACAACCACUCCAGCUCAGAGAUCACCUCACUGUACUACGACUUGCAAGGACACCUGUUUGCCAUGGAGAUCAGCAGCGGCGAGGAGUUCUACAUCGCCUGCGACAACACCGGAACCCCUCUGGCUGUCUUCACCAGCAACGGCCUUCUGGUCAAACAGCUGCAGUACACGGCCUACGGCGAAGUCUACUUUGACUCCAACCCAGAGUUCCAGCUGGUGCUUGGCUUCCAUGGGGGUCUAUACGACCCACUCACCAAGCUUCUACACUUUGGGGAACGGGACUACGACAUCAUGUCCGGCAGGUGGACCAUGCCGGAUGUUUCCACCCUGAGGGAUGUCGGCAAGGAGCCGGCGCCUUUUAACCUUUACAUGUUCCGGAAUAACAACCCCAUUAGCAAAGUCCACGAAGUGAGAGAAUAUGUCGCAGACGUGAACAGUUGGCUGGUGACUUUUGGCUUUCACCUGCACAACACUAUUCCCGGAUUUCCCAUGCCCAAGUUCGACCUGAGCAUGCCGUCGUACGAGCUGAGGAAGAGUCAACUGUGGGACGAUUUGCCGUCCAUCUCUGGAGUGCAGCGCGAAGUCACCCGCCAGGCUAACUCACUUCUGUCCUUUGAGCGUCUGCCUGAGGUUCACCUGCGGCGAGGCCGUCGUGGCGAGAAGCCUUGGCUGUGGUUCUCUGCGGCAGCGUCCCCAGUGGGGCGCGCCGUCAUGUUUGCCAUCUACAAGGGCAGCGUGCAUGCGCACACUCUCAACAUGGCGGGCGAAGACUGCAUCAAGGUGGCAGGCAUCCUCAACAAUGCUUUCUACCUAGAAGAGCUUCACUUCACCGUGGAGGGCCGGGAUACGCACCACUUCGUCAAGCCAGGACUACCCGACGCCGACCUGGCCGCCUUGCACCUGACCAGCGGCCACAAGACGCUGGAGAAUGGCGUCAACGUAAGUGUGUCACAGUCCACUACUGUCAUGGACGGGCGAACGCGCCGCUUUGCCGACGUAGAGGUGCGUGCCGGAGCCCUGGUGCUGCACGUGCGCUACGGCGCCACCGUGGACGAGGAGAAGGCCCGCGUGGCCGAACUGGCUCGCCAGCGUGCCUUGGCGGGCGCCUGGGCGCGGGAGCAAAGGCGGCUGCGUGACGGCGAAGAGGGCGGUCGGCCGUGGACAGAGGGCGAGAAGCGGCAGCUGCUGAGCAGCGGCAAGGUCCUCGGCUACGACGGCUACUACGCCCUCUCCGCGGAGCAGUACCCCGAGUUGGCAGACAGCGCAGACAACAUCCAUUUCCUAAGGCAAAACGAAAUCGGGAAGAGGUAACAGAACGUUAGUUGUGACUGUUCGUGUUCCACACAACUCACAAAAAUUUAGGGAUAUUUAACUUUUGGCUGAAAAAAAUUCAGGAUAGACUUAAAAUCUACCGGUCAACCCCUGUUUAUCUCGAGGCAUGUGUUCCAUAUAUAUACAGUCGUAUGCAAAAGUUUGGGCACCCCUGAUCAUUGUCAUGAUUUUCCUUUAUAAAUCAUUGGUUGUUCGGAUCAGCAAUUUCAGUUAAAUAUAUCAUAUAGCAGACAAACACAGUGAUAUUCGAGAAGUGAAAUGAAGUUCAUGGGAUUUACAGAAAGUGUGCAAUCAUUACUUGAACAAAAGUAGGCAGGUGCAUAAAUUUGGUCACCCCAACAGAAAAAUCCUCCUUCUGCAG